AUGGGCUCUGACGGACUCUUCGUGCCGCAUAACGGGUCCAUCGGUUCCGCCGGUCUCCAUAUCCCUUCCGGUCUGGGAGGCGGCUGCAUCGCCACUGGACCUUUCGCCAAUUUGUCUGCCAACCUUGGCCCGGUCCAGCCUCAACAAGAUGGCAUUAUCGGCGUCGGCACCGCCGACAAGCUCCGGUACAAUCCGCACUGCGUCAAGCGAGAUUUGAGCAGCUGGCUCGCGACGCGCAUCUACACCAAAGACGCCUUCCUCAACGCUACUGUCCGCGACACAGCGAGGGACAUCGCCAGCUUCCAAUCCGAGAUUGACAGCCAGAGCGCGGAACUCCCGGGCGUCCAUGCCGGCGGCCACCAGACCAUCUCCGGUUCCAACUCGGACCUCUACUCGGGGGUUGUCGAUCCUGCCUUCUACCUGCAUCAUACAAUGGUUGACCGUAUGUACUGGCUCUGGCAAGCGCUGCACUACUCUCAGGCCAAGACGAUCUCCGGCACUGUUACGUUCGGGAACAGCCCGCCCAGUCGGAACGCUACGCUGGAGGAUAUUAUUGAGCUCCCCUUUUUGGGCGUGGAGGCUGCGACUCUUGGAAGUCUGUUGGAUACACUAGAUGGGCCCUACUGUUACAUCUACGCAUAG